AUUUUCUCUCUCUAAAAAUGUCACCUUUUGUUCUGAAGAUGUUGCUUCCAUUGAUGCUUCUUGUGGUUAUGCUUCCACAAAGAUCUAAAGGAGAUUUUGAGCAAUGGUGCAUAUCAGAUAGUCAAGCAACAGAUGCAGAAUUACAGGCAGCAUUGGAUUACACAUGUGGGGAAGGUGGUGCAGAUUGUAGCAAGAUUCAAGAAAACCAAUCUUGUUAUUUACCAAACACACUAAAAGAUCAUGCUUCAUUUGCAUUCAAUGCUUAUUAUCAAAAAUUUAAACAUAAUGGAGCUUCUUGCUACUUUCAUAGUGCUGCAAUGACAACCGAAAAAGAUCCCAGUUAUGGUUCAUGCCACUAUGAUUACACUCCUUGAUGCAAUGGGUAACAAAUUAUAAAAAGACACAUCACAAAUUAUAAGAAGACAGAUCACAAACGAAUGUUUACUUUCACUUUCUUGAUUCAUUUGUCUUGAAAAGAAUCCUUUU